GUUUCCCUUAACGUCAUCAGGUGGCGACAGACUGCUCGCUACGCAGUUGUUAGUGUGAUGGGGUAUGUUGUAAUUUUCCACCGCGGAGUUUUCAUUUAAACAAACUUUGACAGACUCUCUGUAGACCCACAGAGUCCAGUACCAGGACCGACCCCUCUGAAACCCGGAUCAGACCUCAGUCACGCUCCGCGGCUUGUUCGAUAGUUUGAGAGGCGCGCGGGGCUAACAGCAUGCUAACAGUUAGCAUCGUUAGCUCAGAUUAGCUGCAGUGUUUCAGAUUAAAAAUCCGGUGUGGUUUGAUUUCUCUGAUGGAGUAUCCCGGAGGAGGUGGAGGGGGGGUGGUGCUCAGCGGAGGGAACGUCCCGGCCUUUCUCACAAAACUGUGGACCCUGGUGGAGGACCCAGACACCGACCCGCUCAUUUGCUGGAGCCCGAGUGGAGCCAGCUUCCAUGUGUUCGAUCAGGGUCGGUUCUCGAAGGAAGUUCUACCAAAAUUCUUCAAACACAACAACAUGGCCAGUUUCAUCAGACAGCUCAACAUGUAUGGUUUCCGUAAGGUGGUGCACAUCGAGCAGGGAGGUUUGGUGAAACCAGAGAGAGAUGACACAGAGUUCCAACAUCCAUUCUUCAUCAGAGGACAGGAACACCUGCUGGAGAACAUCAAACGUAAAGUCACCAAUGUGUCGUCGGUGCGUCAGGAAGAAGUGAAGAUCUCUGCAGUCGAAGUAAACAAAAUCCUGAAUGAUGUCCAGCUGAUGAAGGGAAAACAGGAAACCAUUGACUCCAGGAUCAUUGCCAUGAAACAUGAGAAUGAGGCUCUGUGGAGGGAGGUCGCCAGUCUGAGACAGAAACAUGCUCAGCAGCAGAAAGUCGUCAAUAAGCUGAUCCAGUUUCUGGUGUCUCUCGUCCAAACCAACAGGAUUCUGGGAGUUAAGAGGAAGAUUCCGCUGAUGCUGAAUGACUCCAGCUCCGCCCACUCCCUACCUAAAUACAGUCGGCAGUUUUCAUUGGAGCACAUGCAGGCCGCAGCCAAUCUCUUCUCAACAGACUCUCCAAUAACCUCUGGACCAAUCAUCUCUGACAUCACAGAGGUGACCACGCCCACUGCAGAAGAUGUGGCCAGUGAUUGGACGGACGCAGGAGAGAGCGAAUCAGUGAAUGUCAAAGAGGAGCCGUCCAGUCCUGAGGUGGAGGUGUGUCCUGUUCUGGAGGGUGGGGCUACACCUGUAGACACGCCCCUCUCUCCCACCACCUUCAUCAAUUCAAUCCUACAGGACAACGAAACGCAGCCAACUCCCAACACCUCCACUGCCAACCCUCCACCAGCCAUUGUUGUGAGGAGCCUUGCCUCCACUGGGCCCCUCCCCCCUGUCCCAACCAGCCAAUCACCUGCCUCCCUUCCCACCCCAAACUCCAGCACCACCACAGCUCAGCAGAGAUGUCAAACCGUUGCUUGUAUCGACAGACCCCGCCCCCCUCCCUCUGCAGGUGGACUCUCACCUGAAGUUCGACGCUUCCUAUCAACACAAGCUGAGAAGUCAGAGCUGUCAGACCAUGUGGACAGUAUGGACAACAGUCUAGAAAACCUGCAGAACAUCCUGAACACUCAGACCUUCGCCUUUGACACCUCCCCGCUGUUCGAGUUUUUCAGUUCUUCCUCGACCUCUGGAGACUUUGACCUCGACAGUUUGGAUGUUCUGCUAUCUGAUGAAACUCCUAAAGGAAGUGAUGAAAGCAGCAACACCAACAACACAGGUGACUGUGUGCCACUCUCUGAUUGGUCCAGGGAAGCAGCUGGUGCAGUACACACCUGUCCUGGUGUCUGAACCGGCCAGCCCAGGGGAGGGCGGGGCUGACCUGCCGUCCCUGCUGGAGCUGGAGGCAGAGCCUUUCUUUGCCCCGGACACGCCCACUGAUGACCCGGAUGCUGCCCUGCUGAGCCACGCCCACCUGGACUCUGACCUCUGACAUCAUCAGGACUUAUCAGUAACCAUAGCAACAGGACAGUCUGAGUGCUGACUCAGCAGCAGCAAUAGACAAUGAUGAAAUCAAUUGAUCAGCUGUAGAUCAAUCAGUAUGUCAAAGGUCACGUUUUUAGUAUGCAGAUGUUAUUGAUCAAUAUUAACCCUUUAUAUAUCUGUGUCCUCUUCUUCUUCUCCAUUAUUUUAGCUUUUGGUUCUUCUUCACUGCUUUAAUUAAAACAUUUGUUUGAUACUCACUGCAGAAAAACUCAGAGAACCGGGGUCAUGUCUGUAACUGUUGGUCCGAUCAGAAACAGCUCAGUGUAGAUGUCACAGGACACCUGGACAGGUGAGGCAGGAUCAUGUGACCCAGGUGUUCUCUGUGUUGUGCAUGUUGCAGUCCGAGUUUCUGGUUUGUCUUUGUUUUCAUGUGUAAAAUAGAUUUAAUGAAGAGAAUCUGAAUAUUUUUGUUACCAUGGAGACAGCAGAUAGAGAUGCAUCAAUCUGAUUGGUCGGAUCGGUGUGAGCUCUAAUUGAUCAGAUCAGGUAUCAGCCAUGACGUGUGAUUGAUCCACAUUAAACAGUUUCUCUGUUACGUUAAUGCUCAGUUUUAUUGGUCGAAGACGUCCUGUUUUUAUUUCCCUCAAUCAUACCUGUAGAUCAUCACAACCAGCAGGAGGCGCUCAACUCAUCUGGUCAGACAGGUGACUGGUCUCAGGUCUCUGGUCUCAGAUCAGGUCUCUGGUCAGGUCAGGUCUCUGGUAAGGUCUCUGGUCUCAGGUCAGGUUUAUUUUUACAGUGUAAAACGUUCUGGUCCAGAUGUUUGUUUAUAUUAUGGGAUGUUUAAUCUAUAAAAUAUUGAUAUUGACUCGAAAAAUCCUGAAUGAGUUACAUCCUUUACAGACACUGUUACCUACAACCUGAGACUCACCUGGCGCUUUUUUAUUAUGUAUCAACAAUACAGUUACUCCUGACUUCCUGCUAGACGUUUAUCAGCUACCCUUCAGAGUAAAAGCCUCUGUCAUUAAUAUAUUUACAUUUGUUUGAUCAUGUUUUUAAUUAACCCCCCCCCCCCCCCCCGCGCCUCAUGGGAGUGGAGGAUUGUGGGAAACAAAGACAGGGUCAAAGGUCAGAUAAAUAUUCUGACUUCAGUUCAAUAAAAUGUUUGAAAAAUGUA